AUUGCACAUGCGACAUGUGCUUAUGACAUUUUCCAGCGCCUACGAAUCUGAACAGAGGCGUUUCAAUCACAGUAUGAUAUGAACCAUGGGUUGCUGUUCAUCCAGACCUGACGAGUCUGAUGGUCUCCAACAUGGGCGCGCCGUCGCUCCUGUACCCGUCCGACACUCUCCUCAAGCCAUAUCCUCGCAGACAGCCAUCAACAAUGCCUCACACGACAACCAACCCAGCAGUUUCGCUCCUCCAUCACACCUCUCACUACACCACAGCGAGACGUCGAGAUCGGCGCUCUCUACACCAAGGCAGUCCGGUCAGAACCCCCGACUCCGACAUCACCGCCAGGUAUCGCUAGCAGACCACUACAAUCUUCCACUCCAACCGCUGAAAUCGUGGACGAGCAAGGACCGGACAUGGACGCGCACACAAUUACAAAGGGAAAGAUACGAGUUCUUCGAGACUCGCGUGACUGGCAGGCGUGAGAUCUGGGACGGCCUCAAGACGGUCAUCCAGUGUCUGCGCGAAGGCGAUGUCGCAGACGCGCAGGGCAUCCUGGACGCUCUUGCCGUGACGCUGCCGACAGGCCGCAUCGAGGAAGGAGCCUACGACGAACACGGCAACCUGUACAAGAUGCCCGAAGCCGUCAUCUCGGAUCCCACGGACGUGGUCGAAGAUAUCGCCGAUAUGGACAGUCAGACUGUUACCGGCCCCGCCGAGGGCGAUACCCUCGCGGCCAAACUCGAGGCCGCGGAGGAUCCGAGCAUGCAGCCUAUGACCCAAAACCAGUCCAACGACGCCGAGAAAAUGAAAGAGGCGAAGGGCAAGGCCAAUGUCGAGAAGGACGCCAUCAAAGUCCGCUGUCGCCUGAGCGACCGUGGCGGGCCAGAUGUCGUUGUUCUUCUGGGCAGGAGUCAAUUGGUGGGAGUGCUUGCGCAGAGGAUUCGAGAUGAGACUGAGAUCCCCAGCAAAGCAAACAUCCGGAUUGCUUAUCUCGGCAAAAUCCUCGACGACAAGUGCACUCUGUCCGAACAAGGAUGGAAUCAGGGGCAUGUCCUCAACGCCCUUGUUGUAGGGCGAUUUGCGCCGUGAAGCAACGAAAGGGAAUCGUCGUUGGGUCAAACGGCUACUGAUAAUUCGUGGCAAUGCCCAUGAUUCAUGCAUAGUAUAUUGCAUUUUGGUCUGGUUCAGCGGGGAGUUAUGGUGAAAGUCAAGGGUCAUCAAUGUCGAUAUGCCGUUCAUCUUGUCUGUCCAGUCAGAUGGGAUGAUGAAG